AUGUGCUACUAUGGCAACUACUACGGUGGCCUAGGCUAUGGCUGUGGCUAUAGCCACGGUUCUGGUUGUGGCUUUGGCUGUGGCUAUGGUGGCUGUGGUUAUGGCUGCUACCGCCCACUGUGCUGUGGAAGAUACUGGUCCUGUGGCUUCUACUGA